AUGGACUACAUCAAGCGUCUUCCCCCUAUUGCCUCGCGAGACCGCGCUGCAAAUGCUGCUGUUCUCACUGGCGCAUCGACUUUGGCAUUGAGCGCGCUCGUCUGGUGCAUCCGAGAUUAUCAUGCCUUCCUGGCUCUGGGACCUGGCGGAGUUCCAUACAAUGUCAAGGGCUGGGCAUUCGUGACCAUGAUUCGAAUAUUUGCUCUUUCUAAACGCGGCGCAACCCAGGUCUCAGACUACCCAGCCGACGGUGCACACGAAGACAUCAAAAAUCUGCCAUUGAGAAAAGGCGAGCGCGCGGCCGUCGGGGGAAUCAUCCCACAUCGUCAGCUUUCACAGCAUUCGCCUGAUGAGAUGAAGCCGUACAUCACCAACAUGUUCAAGAAUGUCGUUGUACAAAACAGCGAACUGCUGGAAGAACGCCUCUCUAUAUAUGAGAAACACAAUCCCGCCAUUUUCAUACGCGAAGAUAUCCUCGCGAGCAAGGAUCCAUCAGCUCCCAAGCCGUCCUCGACGGCUUACACUGCUCGCGGCGAAUGUGGGCACGUCCACCCUGAUUACUCAAUCCAUCUAUACCUUGCCCCGGCAGACGCUCGACUCAUCAUCGAGAAAGGCUGGGGAGAACGCCACAGAUUGUCAAAACCGAAGACGGCAAGAUUGAAAUUCGAGAAAGCUCAUGUCGCCGACACAUACCUCAUGAUAUACGGACCCAGAGACACGGAUGAAAUCGAAGUUGUGCGCAAAAUCUUACAAAACAGUGUCCGGUUUAUGUCAGGAAGAGAAGACGUUCAAGCUCCAGAAUGGAAGGUGGCCCUGGCUGCUAAAUAA